CGGACAUCACAUCACAUCAUCAUGCCUUCCAACGAGCUGCAGUCGCCCACCAGCGAAAUGGUUCUGCUCACCCCCAGCUCUGAUAAUCCGCCCAGCAUUGUUCCCGCUGCGGGGGCGUCAGCAGCUGUCAAGGAUCCGCAACGCGAGGGCUCCGCCGAGUCGGACAGCAGUCGCGUGGUGAUGAAGAAACAGCUGGGCCUGCUGGAAGGCGUGGCCAUCAUCCUUGGCAUCAUCUUUGGCUCUGGAAUAUUCGUUUCGCCCAAGGGUGUGCUCCGAGAGGUGGAAUCGGUGGGCGCUUCACUCGUCAUUUGGGUGCUGUGCGGCCUGCUGUCCAUGAUUGGAGCUCUCUGCUACGCGGAACUGGGCACUGCCAUACCCAAGUCGGGCGGAGAUUACGCGUACAUCUUCGAGGCAUACGGAUCACUGCCGGCUUUCCUGUAUCUCUGGGAUGCCAUGAUGAUAUUUGUACCCACGACGAAUGCCAUAAUGGGACUGACGUUUGCAUCCUAUGUGCUGGAACCAUUCUUCGAUAGCGCCUGCGAGAUACCGAAAAUUGCCCUGCAGCUGCUGGCUGCCGUCACUAUAUGCUUCCUCACCUACCUAAAUUCGUACUACAUGAAAGUGACAACGAAGAUGCAGAACAUCAUCAUGUUUACGAAGAUUGCCGCCCUCGUGCUGAUAAUUAUCGUUGGCCUGGUGUGGAUGCUAAUGGGCCAUGUGGAGAACUUUGAUAAGCCCUUCGAGAACACUCAGACUGACCCCGGAAAGCUGUCGGUGGCUUUCUACUCGGGCAUCUUUUCGUAUGCCGGCUGGAACUAUUUGAACUUCAUGACGGAGGAGCUGCGCGACCCCUAUCGCAAUCUGCCACGUGCCAUUUACAUUUCCCUGCCUCUGGUCACCGGUAUCUAUGUGCUGGCCAAUAUGGCCUAUCUGGCAGUUCUCUCCCCAUCCGAGAUGUUGGCAUCCAAUGCCAUUGCUGUGACAUUUGGCAAUAAAAUUCUCGGUGGCUUUUCUUUGAUCAUACCCGUCAUGGUGGCCAUCUCUGCCUUUGGCGGCCUCUCAGUGCACAUUAUGACCUCGUCGCGCAUGUGCUUUGUAGGCGCCCGCAAUGGCCACAUGCCGGCGAUUCUGUCCCACAUCAGUGUUAAGAGCUAUACUCCCCUGCCGUCGCUGGUCUUUCUGUGUUUUCUCUCCAUUGUGAUGCUCGUGGUAAGCGAUGUUUAUGUACUGAUCACCUAUAGCAGCAUUGUGGAAUCGUUCUUCAUCAUGCUCUCGGUGUCGGCUGUUCUAUACUUCCGCUACACACGCCCCUGCAUGGAGAGGCCAAUUAAAGUCUCUUUGUGGAUACCCGCAGUGUUUGUCGUCGUCUGCGCCUUCCUUGUUGUCGUGCCCAUCUAUGUGGCGCCCUACGAGGUCGGAAUGGGUGUAUUAAUCACCCUAAUUGGCAUACCAUUCUAUUAUGUGGGAGUCGUGUGGCAGAAUAAACCGAAAUGGGUGCAGCACACGAUUGACUCUCUGACCUACACGUGCCAGAAGCUCUUCCUGUCCGCCAAGGAGCAGAAAGAGGACUAAGGGACUAUAACAAACCAGAAACAUGCAUCACAUGGACCACAUCACGACUCAGUGGAGAUAAAGUUUAACCUUUU